AGGGAAACAUAUCCUCUUGAGCCUCACGGGAGAGCGAGAGAGCGAGAGAGAGCGUCGACUUUGCUUGGAUUGCUGAGACGAGCUGAAUGAGCUAUCCAUCCCAUAGUUCCACAGGCAUGGGCCUGGAUUUGCCAUGCAUACGUAUGCAAGCCACCGAACGGGAUCCUUGAGACUUGGAUAUCAAGCCUUACGUUUCUCCCCCAUCUCUCCUCCUUCUCGCAUGCAAUACUACAUAUUCAAUACGGCCUGCUAGUCCAGAACCCGGACCUCCAUCUAGAGAUACUCCUCGGGCUUGUCCUCCUCACGCUCGUUUGCCUCUUCCCCUGUCCAGCGAAUACCCGUUGGAGCACCUCCUCCGAUAGCAAUCACGCCAGACACUCUGGAGAGUUGAAGUUGGCCAUCCUGAGAGGAUUGAACUCCCCGAGGUCCGGAUAUAGCGAAACGGGGUAUGUUUAGAGUUUCUUAGUCUGUUCCGCCUCCCACGCGGGGAACUUUGCCACCACCGAUUUUGCACUGUCGCUAUCAUACGUAUUAAUUAAAAGCCGGUUACCAUCAUAUCCUAAUUUCUUUGUUAAAAGGUAGUCGUUCUUUCCACCGGUUCCAAGAAUGCGCAUCACAGCCUCCGGUUCGGCUCUCCUGUCACUAUCUCUGCCGAUUGCCUUGUCAACCAUUCCUUCCUCACGUAGAAGGAUAAUCCCAUUCUACAUUUCAGAAGGCCCCAGAGAUAUGCCCUGCUACGGCUUUAGACCCGAACAGCUUGAGAGAUUCAUGACUGCUACCGGCUUCGGGUCGUUGGCCCUACUUCUCACCGUCGUAUUGGGGCCUUUGGUCGUCCGCAAUCUUUUACGCCAGAGACGGCGCCUCUCGGCACCAAGGGAGGCCAGCUCAAUUGUGGUCAUACCUCUGCCCCAGGAGGUGAAGGAAUCGCUGGCGUUUGGUGAGAACCCGGACUAUCACAAUAUCGGUUUCCGUUACAAGCCGCCCGGCAAGAUGCCCCCGCCGAGCCAGUGCGCUAGCCCCCAGCUUUCAGCUGCCGAUGAACUGCCACCCUGUACGUGCUGCCCUGCAGAGACGGACCCUGGUACAGAGUCCGUGGGGUACAAAAAUUCCCGGACGCCCCGAAGAUCCCCCUUCAAACCGAUCUUGCCGGGUAUGAAAACGAUGAUGGAGGAAGGGGUUGACCCGGUCACUGGACACCGAUGGAGACGAAAGGUUGUGAUUUACACCGGGGGAUCGAGCGAUUCGUUGGGCGGGGGAAGCCCUACAUCAGAUGGGCAGGGGGGGAAGGGGGAAGCGCCUACGGUGAGGGUUUAGGAGAGGUUGGCGCCCAAUUCGGUUUCCUCAAUUCUCAAUGGAGGCAGGGGUACGAUGUGGUCGAACGAAUUUUCUUUUUCUAUCUGGCGGCGAACUUUUGUUUACAGUAUUUUUUUAUUUUUUUUCUCUCCAGUGCAGUACUGUACAGCAUAUACCCAGCAACAAUGUACAGUACCAAUAAUAUAAUACUCUUCUCGUUUAG